AUGACGGUAAACAGCAGGAAGGAGGGCGUUUCCAGAAGUACCACUACCACUACCACGACGACGCUAAGACGCCUCGAGAGACGAGAGCAUACCAUCAAUGGAAUGAGACCCUGGGAAUCGGAACCUGCCGGAUCGAUGGAAGCUCGGCCUGCUGCCUCCUCUGCCUCCGAACAUGGCGAACAUGGCGAACCUAGUGGACGUGGCCCGCGCCCGCGCGUGGCCAACGCCUGUGAUGUCUGCAAACGCCGCAAGGUCAAGUGUAACGGCCAAAAACCCUGCACCUACUGUUUGAGCCGGAAACUUCCUUCUUUGUGUGUGUACUCACCUCCGAAACAAAGAAGGCCGCGCGCUUCUAGGUUGAGUCUGAGUGGGAUACAACAGGGAGAAACAGCAGCAGCAGCACAGGAAGAGCUGUUGUCAUCUCGAACUGGUAGAGGGGAAAGAGGUAGUAGCUCUGGAGCUGUUGAUGAGGAUGGCAGCCUACAUUCUGCGGCAUCACCGCGUUCAUUAUUGUCAUCUCGGGGUCAUGCUGGUAAUCCGGCCCAGGCGGCCUCUGCUCACGCUCGGGCUUCGAGUCGAAGUAGUACUAGCACUACUAGCAGCAUCAAAGAGCGCGAACUGCCGGUAGCAAAGGAGUCGCAGACUCCAAGUCGGAGGUCUCUACCAGGGGCAGCCACCGGCGGUAGCGCACGCAGUGUUGGAGGAGGUUCGCGGCGGUCUGGAGAGUCACGGCCACGGUCACAGAGGGAGCAUCAACGGGACCGGGGACAGGAACAGGAACAGGAACAGGGUCAGGAAGAAGCAGAGCAGGAGGAACCACCACCACCACCACAGCAACCCGAUGUGAGUUCCGGCCCAGGCCCAGAGCCAGGCGCGGAAGCCCACAAUGAAGAAACCGAAGUCCCCCGCGAAGGCCGUCUCCUCGUCGACCCUCAAGGCAAACUAAUCUUCAUCGGCGACUGCGCCCCGCUCUCCUUCUUCCGCACUGUCCAGCGGCUGAUCACCUCGCGGAUUGAUCCCGAUGCGUUUGCGCCUGAGAAUAGCGGGUAUUCGGCUUUGGAGAAUAAUGCGUCGUAUCAUCCUAGGACAUCCGCUGGCGGUGCUGUUUUCCCUGGAGGAGGUGGUGGUGGUGGUAAUGGCGGUGCUGGGUAUGGUGGGUUUGGUCUUAGUAGUAGCGGAAGAUUUGGACCAGGACCUCCGCUCGUCCAGAUGUCGAUUAUUGAGCCGGCUGUUACGGCCUACUUCCAGAGCACGACGGGGCUCAUUGACAUCUUUGAUGAUGAUCAGGCACAGCAACCGAGACAGUUGAUUGAGGAUAUCACUUCUUGGACUGCCCAGCUCCGCGGUGAAGGAGGAGGGGGCGUAUCACCACCAGGAGGAGACGCCACUUCCGCCGUUUUCUACCUCGUUCUCGCCAUUGGACUGCUUUUUCAAAAGAACAGCACCAACAACAAAACCAACACCAAAUCAUCAUCUUCCCCGUCAGAAGUGGAAUCCUCCUUCUCUGAAUCCGAAAGGAUCGCCCAAGCCUACUUCGACCACGCCCGCGACCUCGCCUUCGCCAACCUGACCGGCAACCUUGGCCUAGCUUCAGUGCAGUCCUUCAUCCUCAUCACUCUCUACAUGCUGGGGGCGUGCCAAAUCAACGGAGCCUUCAUCUUCUUCGGCAUCGCUGCGCGCUCGGCUUUUAGCAUUGGCAUCCAUCGCACCGAGGUCAAUGCGCGGUUCAGUCCUGAAAUCCAUCGCCAGCGCGAUCGGCUGUGGAAGAGCCUGCGGGUGGUGGACCUGUUUCUUAGCACGUCCAUGGGCCGGCCACCGGCCACAAGUGACGUCGAUUGCACUGUGCUAUACCACGCUGUUGACGGCGAGGGCAGGGAGCAGACGGAUCCGGAGGCUGGUAGUGAUUAUCUACUGAACGGGUCGGCACAGAUCUUUUUGAUCAUUGAGGGGAUCGUGCUGGAGGUGUAUUCACGCCGAAAAAUCUCGCCGCAGCUGACGGAGGGGAUAUCCAGGGAGCUGAGAGAGUGGUCGGCUCGAUGGUUGCAGCGGCUGAAGCGGGUGAUUGAGGAGCGACGGCCAAGUCCGAGGCAGACACCGCUGCUGCUGACGCCAGCGGGAACGGGAGCAAUGGUCAAUGGAGCCUGUCAGGUGCUUGCGUCGUAUUAUUAUGCAGUGAUUUUGGUGUCGCGGCCGUUCCUCAUGGUUGAACUGAGGCGAAGGCUGGCGGAGGGGUAUCCGGCUGAAGCAUUUACGGCAAGAGAUGGGCUGGUGACAUCUGGCAAGUCGAAACUGGCGGAUGCUUGCAUUGAUGCUGCUAGUUUGAUGGUCGAUCCUAUCCAGGAUCUGAUUCAAAGGGGGUUGAUGACUCGGCGGGCGCCCGUGAUUGUGUCAUGGCUCUUUGCCUCUUCACUUGUCUUGGGGCUAGGUCUCCUGGGAGGCUUCGGUCGUAUCAUAGAAAAAUACUGCCGCGCCUCCAUCGCCGCGCUCGAGUACUUUGCCGAAGCCGACGCUCACGCCGUGCAGUACUCGCUCAUCGCCAAGUCGCUGCUCAACACGGCCUUGGCUUAUUUGGAAAAGAGAGAGAUGCAGGACCGGCUUCGAAGAACGGAAAGCUCGUCUCAGCUAUUUGGUCUCAUACCCCGUGGUGACUCCGGGGAGGAGACUACAAACGACGACACCAACGACGACACGAACGACGACCGCGAAGAUCUCAACAACACCUCCAAUUCUUAUCAACAACUUGGACAUCAACACGAGCAACAAUCCCAGUACCAACGAAGCAUCCAACACACCAACCCCUCAGUAGGAGGACAUUUCGCUGGUGGCAUCCACGGAAGUAUCCGCGGCGGUGGCGGUAGUACUUACCCACAACAACCCAACAAACAAUCAUCGUAUCCCAUCGGUACAACACACCACAAUUACCACCAUCAUCAUCUUCAUCACCAUGCUCACGUACCCACCUCAUCAUCAUCCUUCUCUCCCAGCCGCUUCAUCAACAAUACCAACAGUAUAAAUCACAAUCACUUCGACUUUGUCGGACACGGACACGCACACGACGGGUCAACAACGGCAACCACUUUCCUCGGCAUGACUGAGUCUCUACCGCGCACCCCGGAGUUCUCCAUUAUGGGUGCAAGUCUGGACUCGGAUGCUGAUCAGACGUUUGGAGCGAUGAAUCUGUUUCCGUUGCUGGAGACGGAUGGACAUAUUGAUUUGGCGAAUUAUUUUUGA